ACUCCACCGCCUCCCUCUCCCGUCCGUCACCGCGCCAUGUCCGCCAAGCGCAAGGCGUCCGGCGCCGAGUCCGCCUUCGCCGGCAAUGGCGCACACGCCUCUGGCAGCGCUGCCUCGUCCAAGCGCGUCAAGUUUGGCAGCGGCGGCGACGACGCCGUCGACACGCUUGGGCACGACGACGGCGAUCUCGACCUCGACGAGCAGGACCGCAAGCGCAACCAGCAGGGGCGCAAGGGCCGCCUCGUCACCGACGGCUAUGCCUCGGGCGACUCGGUCGACUCGGAGCUCGACGAGGCAGAGAUGGAGGACGACGACGACGAGGGCGUCGGCCGCAAGGGCGCACGCGCCACGGCCAUCGAGCGGCAGCGCGGCGAGAGCGACGAGGAGGACGACGACAUGUUUGCGGAGCCGGGCGCGGGCAAGAAGAGCAAGGAGGGCGACGCACAGCGUGGCGCAGGCAAGAAGUUCCUCAGUCUGGGCGACAUUGAAGGGCAGGAGUUCGGCACGGGCGAUCGCGUGUCCGACGAGGAGGAUGCGGAUCCGGAGCUGGAGCUCGAGGACGAAGAGGCCGACAGCGAUGAUGACGAGGCUGCUGCUGCCGAACGCACGCCUCCCACCAGUCCGGGCGGCACAGUGCAGCGGCGCGAGAAGCGCGAGCGCAGCAAGGCAGGCAUGGGCUUCACGCUCGACGGCUUCAACAUGAAGGCCGAGAUGCAGCAGGGGCGCUUCGACGACCAGGGCAACUACACGGCCAACGCCGCCGACCCGCACGCGGAACACGACGUCUGGCUGCAGGGCCACUACUCGCGCAAGGGCAUCCGCGCGGCGCGGGAAGCAAAGGCGCGGCGAGAGAAGGAGGACAACGAGAGGCGGAAGCGGGCCGAGGAAGAGGCGCUGGGAGAGGAGGAGAGCAAGCGGGAACUCUGUCUGCUGAUGGAGCCGGGCGAGACGGUGCUGGAGGCGCUGCAACGCUUUGGUGCGCAGGCAAAGAAGAAGCAGAAGCCAAAGGCAGGCGCGAGACGGGCGCGCAAUGAGGCGAGCGCGGGCGCCGAGGACACGCCGAUGGACGCUGCCUCUUCGAGCAAGAACGGCGCCGCAUCAACAGAGAGCUCUGCCGACGCCGCCGCCGCCGAGGCCGCAGGCGAUGCGCUGGCCAAGGUGACCAGUCUCGCCUCGUCGCUCAUGUCGCGCUUCAGCCUGCUAGACAUCUACGACGAGACGUACGAGGCGCUGCUGCGCUCCGUGCGCCGCUCGCAGCUCGAAGGCGCCGACUGGGAUCCCGCACGUGCUCGCCGCGCCGCCGCUGCAGCCGCGGAAGCCGCAAGCGAGGCUGCCAGUGCGCCGCUCGACGAGCGGAGCUUCGUCUAUCGCUGGGCUCCGGCCUAUCUCGCCGCCACCAGUGCAGCUCCAGCACCCGACGCCGAAGUCUUUGGGCCGUAUCCGGCCGCAGACCUCAAGGAGUGGGCGGCGAGCGGCUACUUUGGCGAGGAGCGGGAGCGCAUCUUGCUGCGCGAGCAGGGUGCCGCAGGGCCAUGGCAAGAGUGGAAGGGCGUCUUUGCGGACGAGUCAUGAUAAUGCAUCGCACGCAUACCGAGCGAGACACG